UGCAGAGGAGCUGCCUGUGGCUGUUUUUAGAUGCUCUUAUGUGAGAACAGCUCGCUGUGAGGAUCUGCAGAAGGCUGCUGAAUCCUGCUUCAUCAUCAAAGUCAAAACUCGACUUAGUGGAUGAAUAAGUAGAACCAGAGAAUUUAGCUGCUCUGUUUUCACAGCUUUUCAUUUUCAGGUUUUAUUUAUUAAAGCUUGUGAGUCGCGGCUCGCUAAGCGACGUGUGUCAGCGUGCUUUUUCUCUGAAUCUUUUCCCGCCUUUACAGGUGAUGGCGUCCGAUGACCACCGCUUCCUGUCCAGUUCUCUGUACAGCUCAGGUGUUCUGGUGGCCUGGGACCCCGCCCCCUUCUCUGCUGAUCUCACAAAGUGGUUCAACAGGACCGAUUACCCCAUCUUCGCCCAGUACCAGAGGUACAGGAGGCUCCACCCUCUGCAGCCCUUCUACAUCCUGCAUCCUCGCUUUGAGUGGCAGAUCUGGCAGCGAAUACAGGACAACAUGGCCGAGCCGAUCCAGAAGAACCCGCCCUCCUCCGGCAUGCUGGGCACCGUCCUGAUGAUGUCGCUGUGCGAGGUGGUGCACGUGUACGAGUUCCUGCCGUCCCGGAGGAAGACGGAGCUCUGCCAUUACUACCAGCGUUUCUACGACGCCGCCUGCACGCUGGGCGCCUACCACCCGCUGCUGUACGAGAAGAACCUGGUUAAGCGCAUGAACCAGGGCGCCGACCGCGACAUCUACACCAACGGACGCGUCACGCUGCCCGGCUUCAGGAAGCUGAACUGCAGCCAGACUGCCGGAGGAGACCGCUGACUGCAUCGACGCACAACUCUGAGUCCUGCAUGAAGAUGAGCCGACGCAUGCAAACCUCAUCCUCACUACUGAACCACGAAGAGCGCUCUAUAGAUAUUUCAUGCUGUUAACACACACACUGGAGUCCGGUCAGCUCAUACAUGUGCUGCUGUACACACACCCGUGAGGUCAUUGACGCGUGUUCCUGAGUCUAAAUCAUCAUCAUUCGAUGCUUCUUAGUUGCCCAAAUUUUGAUGCUCAUGUUGACCUUAAAGGAUAAUUCUGGUGGUUUUCAAGCAAUCUCAGUGAUUGCCUUUAACUCAGGGGUGGGAACUCCAGGCCUCAGGGUGUCCUCACCCUGGGCCAACACACCUGAAUCAAGUCAUUAGCAGGCCUCUGGAGAACUUCAAGACAUGAUGAGGUCAUUUAACCACUUAGAUCAGCUGUGUUGGAUCAAGGACACAAUAGGCUGUGUCCCAAAACGUCGGCUGCAU